CGUACGUACGUACACUUUUUAAAAAAAUCAUACACAGACGUUGGCAGAUUCUACUUGCUUGACAUGGAAUCUUUUAUAUUAUCGGAAUGUUAAGCAUUGAUUUUCGAAGUCUUCCUGCUAUAGUCCAUAGGCUUCACAUUAAAGACAUGAGUAAGAGACAAAGAGAGAAGCAAGAUGGUAGAAUUACUGGACUCUCAAGAACUGAUCAUCAGCUCGGCCUAACUAAGAAAUUGAGAGUUUCUUCACGGUUGAGAUCUUCCAGACAAGACGCAUCAAACAACGAUGUAUCCAGUUCUUAUACAAGCCCAGGAAAUGGCUCUAAACUACUAACAACAGGGCGAUCACCAAUAUGUAGCACCCCCCGGUCCUCCAGGAAGAGACUCAAUACAUCCCGUAGUGAUUCUGAGACAGAGAUUAUCUGGGAUGCUAAUUCACCAACAGCUCAUCUCAUCAAAAGAAGUGGUCGAAAUGGACGAAGCAAAGCGGGAGAGAUAUCCGAGAUGAUUAAGUGUGUUAACAACCAAGCAGAGACUUCUCCAGCCCAUUUUCCUCUUCUUGGACUAUGGACGCAUCGUAGUCCUCUUCAUCAACAUGAACUCAACUCAGCUGGAGGAUCAGAGAAGCCAUUUGGGGAAGAAAGCUGUACAUCCAAGAAAGCAACACACAGAAAGAAGAAAGGCAGUCGAUUAUCUCUGAUCCAAGAUGAAUUACAAAAGAUUGCUAAUGCUAUUGAUAUGGCAUCAAAACAUGAAACAACUUCAAGUCCUAAUACUGUGCUGAAUCAGGAACCAGUAACUGGUUUCAUUACACCACCAAGACACAGCAGAAUGAAAGAAUUACCGGAUACUGUAGAUGACGAUUCAUCCUCUACCAACGCUAGGCAAGAACCAGAAGGGAAACACCCUCAAUUAGAAUUAACACUUGGAGAUCAGCCCCAGUAUCUUCAACCGGACCCAAAUGGAGUUGUUGGUAAUCAAAUAAAAAGCAGACAGUUUGUUAGUAAUCAACAACCUACCAGUCAUUCUGCUGAUGGUCAGACAGACAGUAAGCAACCAUUGGUUCCUUGCUCUGCUGUCAUUAGUCAGUUAGGGACAAGCUCUGCAGUCAUUGGUCAGUCAUUGACCUCUAAUGUUGACCUCAUGUGGGAUGAUGACAGCUAUUUUGAAGAUGAGGCUCUGCUUGAGCAAUUGACCCAAACUGAGGCUGUAGAAGCAUCCAGAAGCCAAAAUUAUGACGAGUCCAAAAAGAAACCGUCCCGAAACAAUCCAGCAACUCAUUCUGCCAAUUCUGUUAGACAACCAGUUAAUUUCGAUGUGACAAACAAAAUGUGGACUGAAAAUGACGGAGAGCAGAAAUCCCAAACCUUUCUUGGAACUGUCCCACGUCCUACAAUUACCAACAAAAGUACGGCUGCAUACCAAAACCAGCAGUGCCAAAGAUUGAAUGCAAUGAAUGCUGUAAAAGAAACACGUCCAAAUCAAGGGAAGAAGCUGGUUCCAUUCAGGCAACCUGUCGCAGUAAAACCACCACUAGCUCAAGAGACUCAAGUUUCAAACUGUACUAUUGUACCAUCGAACCAAUACCAAGCCCCGCCAAGUUAUAAAACUUAUAAUAGUGUUCCUGCUCACCUAGAUAGUACAAGGCAGCCUAAUGGAUACAGUGCCAAAUCAAACGUAGCCAAACCACACACAAGCAGCUGUCCCCAACUCGGACCAACAGUAAAUACUAUGGGUACAAACAAUAACUCACUUAAACCUUUCAGUACAUCUAGCAAUCCUAUCAGCUAUAAUCAACUCACUGUACCAAGCUCCAUGAAUGCUUCUUCUUCUAUUCAAGAUGGCUGGGAUAACAAGGAUCUAUUUGAGAGUAGUUUGACUGAUGAGAUGAUGAUGUCAAUGUGUGUUGGGAUAGAUUCACCUCAGACCACCAAAGCAUCAGAACAAAUAACCAAUCCCUUCACAUCAACAGGGACCAGGGUCUCCCCAAGCCCCACCAUGUCAACAAGGACCACCACAGCCAAGGCUGUAAGGAUCUCCCCAAAGCCCUUCAUGUCAACAGGUACCACCACAGCCAAGUCGCAGACUCAAAACUCAUCCAAAAUAACCACAAACUCUUGCGUAGGGUCAUCAUCUACAACCACAUAUAAAUUCAGAAAGCCAGUAAAGGACAUAACUCAAGCUGUGUCUCACUGUUCAAGCUCAGCAUCAGUGGCAAAAUGUUGCACCAAUACAUCAAUCAUAAAUCAACAACUCCAAAGCUCAAUAAACACAGUGCGUCCUGUACAGGUGAAGAACAUACAGCCAGUCAACAUUACCAGACACCAGCCUAUAAGAGUGCCUAAAACUACACAUCAGCUCCCCCAAUCUAGUGGGUCUGGUGUCCCAACUCAACCUGUAGUGCCAAGUAGUGUGUUUAAUGUCACUAAACCAUCUUCAGCCACAGACAACCAAGCUUCUUCUUAUAGUAAACCUGUGAAUACAAAUUCUACAAGCUAUAAACCACUGACAGCUCAAAGUAUGAGACCCAUCCAGAUAAAGACAACUUCAUCAUCAGCAAGAAAUGCAAAGCCUGCAGUAUUAUCUACAUCCACAGGCAGUAGUCACAAACUUUGCAGUCAGACUGAGAUUGAGAGAAAACGACAACAAGCCAAGGCUCGAUUGCAGCAACGCAUGACACAACAGCGUUAAAAAAGAAAGAUGACGGCAAGAUGCCAUGGCUUGCUGCAGCGACACAGUCAACAACGCAUGACACAGCAGCCUUAAAAAAGAAAGAUGACAGCAAGAUGCCAUGGCUUGCUGCAUUGACACAGUCAGCAACGCAUGGCACAGCAGCGUUAAGAAAGAAAGAUGACAGCAAGAUGCCAUGGCUUGCUGCAGCGACACAGUCAACAACGUAUGACACAGCAGCCUUAAGAAAGAAAGAUGACAGCAAGAUGCCAUGGCUUGCUGCAGCGACAUAGUCAACAACGCAUGACACAGCAGCGUUAAGAAAGAAAGAUGACAGCAAGAUGCCAUGGCUUGCUGCAGCUACACAAGGCAGGCAGUCAGCAACGCAUGACGCAGCAGCAUUACGAUAACAGCAAGAUGCCAUGGCUUGCUGCAGCGACACAGUCAACAACGCAUGACACAGCAGCGUUAAGAAAAAAAGAUGACAGCAAGAUGCCAUGGCUUGCUGCAGCUACACAAGGCAGGCAGUCAGCAACGCAUGACGCAGCAGCAUUAAGAUAACAGCAUGAUGCCUUGGCUUGCUGCAGCUACACAAGUCAACCAGCCCUUGUUGCAGGAGUGUUCAUAGUUACGCAUUCUGAUAAACUAUUACAUUUACAGAAGGCUUUGCGUCAAGGACACAUUAGUGCAAUGUAAGCAUUGAUUUGAGUGCAGUAGUUUGAAUUCGAACCGGAUCACAGUAUUGUUAGUAUUGUUGCAACACCAGGGCAAAAUUUCAUGGUUCUGCUUACCGUAUUAAGCAAAAAAUUAGCGCUUUUGGAAGCAGGGAAUUCCGCGCUUCCAUCAAGCGUAAUUUCACUGGUUGGUUGGAAUUUUUUGCUAGUGCGUGCGUAUUCCACGUUACUAAGCAUUCUUCGCUUACACAGCUAGCACAGAAAUCUGGCGCACAGUAAGUGGAGAAUAGUGAACCUUAGUGCAGAAUUUGGCAGUAAGCAGAGCCAUAAAACUGGGCCCAGGACAAGCUCCUGCAAUUGAUAACCACAGAACGAUCAAGUCCCUGAAAGUGUGUGCCUCAAAAAUGAGACACACGUAUCAUUUAUAAUUACUCAUUUUUUGUGGGAUACAUUUUUUUUACAGAAGUUUACACUCUGUAUUUCAGGAAUUUAUAUGUGAAUUAAUUUUACAAAGGGUUGGAAAUACGUUUUAUUUAUUUAAAUAUUGAAAUGAUGUUUAAAUUGUUGAUUUAUUUUUAUUGUCCGUCAGGUAGUUACUUUACUUGUGAGACACACUGGUCGAAAAUUUGACCAUUAACACUAUACAUAUAGAUCAAACUUGUGGCUGAUUUAAUCCCCAAAAUUGUAAUUAAACUUUAAAAUGGAAUAGUUAGCAAGGUGCUUUGACACAAUGAAGCCAAUUAUACUGGAAACAUCGGGGUGAACCUUUUUACUUAAUGACAAGUGAACUGGGUUCAUUCAUAAUUAUAGUUACACAACACAGGAUCUAAGUAUGGCUUUACAUCCAAUCCAAAGGAGGCUGCAGUAAUGGGCCCUUGCUCAAGGAAGUGUCAAGACCAGGACUCGAACCCACACUCUGCUGCUCAUAAACACCAGAGUUUAAGUCCAGUGCGCUUGACCACUCAGCAACAACACAGCACAUUGUUUAUUAAAGUAGUUGUAUUUGUUUUCCCCGGGCAAAUCAGACCAUAAAUUUGAAGUUGUGUCUCGUUUAUACUUUGAUGACUGAUGCCAUCUACGCAGGCAGGGGACCUCGUAGUGAUGGCUUUGUAUGGUGGUUUUCUGCCAAUCAUAAAGCAUCUACGUUGAGAAGCCAAAAUGGUUUGGUCAUGGGUUUUUUAUAAAUUGUAAUUAUAACACGGCAACAUGUAUCAAUGUAAUGGGGCAACCUUAAUCUACAUUAUCACGUUUAACCUCGGAAAAUUAAUUGAAAUGUAUACAGUAUUAAGGAUAUAGGAGUAAAAUACCUUGUUAGUUUCUGCCCUACACAGAUGGGUGUUAACUUAAAGGUAGUGCAAACUUCAAAAUUUUCCCCCUGACUCAUGUGCAAUACCUUGUGUGGAACUUGAAUCAACAACCAUCCAUGCUCUACCGAGAACAGAUAGAUGUUUUAAACCCUAGACCAAUGAGGUUAUACAUGCACACCAAACUUUUAUAGUCUGUGGAUGAUUUACAACUGGACUUGGAAAGUGCCACAUAUGCAGUGCUUUUAUAGUCACUAAGCAUUUAUAUAUAUAACCUUAACUUGCUAUACAAUAAAUUAGUUUAUCCCAUUAACAUUAAAAAGGAGGGUGUUCUGCAUUUGAACUGACCUGGUUCUUGGUGGGACUCCAUAGAGCACAUCCAAUGCAGUUAUUUAGACCAACCACUCCUUGAAUCAAGUCCUAAUACUCGCCCAAAAGGAAACAAAGUAUACUUUGUCUUGUAUUCCUAUCCUUCAUUACCAUAACUCAUAGAAUCUGAAAAGGUACCUGUCUACCAACUCAGCCCAAUUUCAUUCAGCAUGUAACCACAAAAAACAAGGGUACCAGUCAAAAUUCAAUUAAGUUUAGAUUGUUGCAUUUGGUGCCCCAUUCAAUUGUUGUAGAAUUUUCCAAGGUUACCAACUACUUUGAUUGUAGCUAUGGCCAUUGCUGCUUAAUCCAAUUGUCAAGUCAUCAUCGAAGAUGCUCUAUCUUAUACUUAUCAUGAACUUUUUUAUUAGAAAUUCUACAAGGCACUGUUUGAAAACUAAACUGGGCCAGUUUUUGUAAGGCUGUUAAAACACAAACAUUUCCAAAUCACACAAACAUCUUGUUUUAGCUGAUGUGGGUUACCAGGCAAAUGGUCAUAGAUAAGUUUCUGACCACAAGUUAUAAAAACGAUCAUUGUUUCUAAAUUUACAAUCAAGAACCAAAGCAGUUUCUUUUUAUGAAUCAAUAUUUUGGAGAGGACUGAUGAGUCCUUUUUGGAAGACUCUUUUGUAUCAUCAUGUAAAUGCAACAAUUGUUCACCAUCAGGAUUUGUAAAUAAAGCGUACUAUUGUACAAGGAUAACAUGUA